AUUCUCAUAUGUGCAAGGACUCCUGCACAUCUGGAAACACUGUUGGGGAUGCAUGUGUGCACCCAGGCCCAAGGGAGGAAGAUGGGAAGAACAUAUGACACAGUGGCCCUUGCAGGCUUGAUCCCCUGCCUGUAAGCUUCAACCCAAUGAAGUCAACUGUUCUUUUUAUUUCAAAAUUGGGGCAUGUCGUCAUGGAGACCGGUGUUCUCGAUUGCACAAUAAACCAACAUUUAGCCAGACCAUUGCCCUCUUGAACAUUUACCGUAACCCUCAAAACUCUUCCCAGUCUGCUGACGGUUUGCGCUGUGCAGUGAGCGAUGUUGAAAUGCAAGAACAUUAUGAUGAAUUUUUUGAGGAGGUCUUUACAGAAAUGGAAGAAAAAUAUGGUGAAGUGGAGGAGAUGAAUGUCUGUGAUAACCUUGGAGAUCAUCUGGUUGGAAAUGUAUAUGUAAAGUUUCGACGUGAAGAAGAUGCAGAAAAGGCUGUGAUUGAUCUGAACAAUCGCUGGUUUAAUGGGCAGCCGAUUCAUGCUGAGCUCUCCCCUGUGACAGAUUUCAGAGAAGCUUGCUGCCGCCAGUAUGAAAUGGGGGAGUGUACACGGGGAGGUUUCUGUAAUUUUAUGCAUUUGAAACCUAUUUCUCGGGAAUUGCGACGUGAGCUCUAUGGCCGUCGCCGCAAGAAGCAUAGAUCCAGGUCAAGGUCCCGUGAGCGUCGCUCUAGAUCCAGAGAUCGUGGUCGUGGAGGUGGUGGAGGCGGAGGCGGAGGUGGAGGCCGAGAGCGUGAUAGAAGGCGAUCAAGAGAUCGUGAAAGAUCUGGACGAUUCUGAGCCAUGCGAUUUCUAUCUUGUCUGUUAGCAAGUGUUGUAGUUGAUUGACCAAACAAGUUCAUAAUGAAAAUUUUUUUAAAAGAUGGGCUUCUGAAUAAAAAUUUGUAGUGAUACAGUU